GAGGUACUACUUCAGAGUAGCCAGAUGCGCUGAACGAGAGGACGGAACCGUGCCGCGCGGACAGCAAAUUGACAAUUUUGCAAAUAUUGACCGAAGAAGACUAAUCCACGCUACGAGUCCAUCUGAAUUAGAAUCUGGUGAGAAGUUGAAGGGAAUUUUACGGCAAGUGAAAAGUGGCUAUCUUGAAGUUUCUUAAAGUAAACGUGGAGUUUUUUUUGGCGCUAUAGGGUCACGUUCUGCGAACAGUCGAAACCUUUGAGAGCACAUUUUCACGGCAGAGAAACGUCACAUUUCAGUCAGAGUCAAUGCAACGACUACUGUGUGAGAAAAUGGUCCCAGAGACGAGAAAUGGGGGGACCUCUGUACUGAAUAAUAACGAUCUCAAGGACCACAGUAGAAAAAGGCUGCUCGUAGGUCUGGAUGUCUUCUGCUUAUUUUUGGCUGGCCUGCCCUUCCUCAUCAUAGAGUCUAGUGCUAUCAAGCCCUACCGGAGAGGGUUUUACUGCCACGACGAGUCCAUCAAGUACCCGUCCAAAAACGGAGACACCAUUAGUGACGCUGUGCUUUCCGCUGCUGGCAUUCUCAUAGUCAUCCUUUCUAUUGUUAUUGGGGAGAGCUACAGAAUCCACUACCUGCAUGAAGGUUCCAAGGCGUUUGUGAGGAACCCGUACAUCGCUGCUCUCUACAAGCAAGUAGGCGUGUUCAUCUUUGGCUGCGCCAUCAGCCAGUCGUUCACGGACAUCGCCAAGGUCUCCGUGGGUCGGUUGCGUCCUCACUUCCUGGAUGUAUGCAAGCCAGACUUCUCCACUAUCAACUGCUCGUUGGGUUACAUCACAGAAUACAACUGCCAAGGGGACUACAGUAAGGUGCAGGAGGCCAGGAAGUCCUUCUUCUCUGGCCACGCCUCCUUUUCAAUGUACACAAUGCUGUACCUAGCGUUCUACCUGCAGUCGCGCUUCACCUGGCAUGGUGCUCGCCUGCUGCGUCCACUGGUGCAGUUCACGCUGCUGAUGAUGGCCUUCUACACCGGCCUGUCCCGCGUCUCCGACCACAAGCACCACCCCACCGACGUGCUGGCCGGCUUCUUCCAAGGAGCCCUGGUGGCCUACUGCAUUGUGUUCUAUGUGUCAGACCUUUUCAAGUCAAAGCCCCGCAGACCGUCACUGCCAGCUGUCAUCCCCAUCAAGAGAGAACUCCACUCUCCCACAGACCUCAGAGACCAUCUCACCAACCACCUAGCCUUACCAUGACAGAUUCAUCUCCUUGUGCAAAGAGACUCAGCCGACACUGGACACUUGUCUCUCAACAACAUACUCUUUCUGCUCGAAAAACCACAAAGUCUGUGAAUUUAAUGUCAGCAACAACCAUGCUGCUCCUCUGUACAGCGCCCACUACAGGACAUAAUUAUGGUCAUACCAACUGGAAGAGGACACUUGGGUCCAUUUCAUCUUUUAGAUAUUUGUUUGUUUGUUUGUUUGUUUGUUUGUUUGUUUUUCUCAUUGCUGCACUCCUGUCAAGUGCAAGCUCCAAUGAAUUAUCUUGAGAACUGUGCCAGUGUUUUCAAUGUUAUUACCACACGACUAUUGUGACACGAUUGACUACAGCAUUGAAUUGUCUUGAGAACCGUGCCAGUUUUUCCGAUGUUAUUACCACACGACUAUUGUGACACACAGUUGACUACAGCUGCUCCAUCAAAUACUCUACAGAUGGCACAAAAAUGUUAUAGCCAUUCUUCUUAUGAGAAAACAAAUUCCUUGGUCACAGGAAGGAUUCUUUUUUACUGUGUGUAUUAUGUAAUAGACACGUGCACAGUACUAUAUGACAUUGUAACCUUAUUUCUUUCUCAGUAUUAUUUGAAGAAGUGACAGAACGUCUGUUCUUGACAAAGCUACGGAGAGCUUUAAUUGCCCUGUCUGCUCCAGUUGGCACUGUGUCGCCAUGUACUUGGAGAGGGCAUCUCAGUGAAGUGAAACUAUGUAGGCUACAUGGAGGGGCACAUUUAUUUAGCUGUUGGGCCCAUUUCCGCUGGUUGGGAAGCGCCCACAUAAAAGAAGAAAUGUUUUAUAUUAUAUAUGUGUGUGACUGUAUGUGUGUAUAUUUUUUUUGUAUUGUGACCAGUGUAACUGUGUGUGUGUGUGUGUGUGUGUGUGUGUGUGUGUGUGUGUGUGUGUGUGUGUGUGUGUGUGUGUGUGUGUGUGUGUGUGUGUGUGUGUGUGUGUGUGUGUGUGUGUGUGUGUGUGUGUGUGUGUGUCAGAAUCAUGACCACUGACAGUAAGAUUGCCUGUCAGGUCAGAGAUGGUCAGCACGAAGAUAGCGCGACUGUGCGCCAGCUAUAUGAAGGUGAUCUUUAUAGAAGAAAACUGUGGAUUUCCUUUCAUGUGCACCACUUUAUAAAAACAGUAUUUUAGGUUUUUUUCUUCAUAUGCUGAUUUGUAUGUUGGUUGUCUUUUUUUCCAGCAUUAGACUGAAUGUUGUUUUUGUUGGUUCUGUUUUGUAUCAUCAGGCCUGGUUGUUUGUACAAAAUGCACAUGGCUUAUUUCAACAUGGUGGUGUUUUACUGUUUUUUGUUGUUGUUGUUUUUUUACCACCGUGCCUCUUGAAAACCACAUUCAGUAUUUGUGUGCUCAUGGGUUUUACUAUAUGAAAAGUAACUCUUGAAUGGUGGAGACUGCUCUGAUUUUUUUUUCUUCUUUU